GGUAUUUUAGAUUUGUCUACAUUUAGUGCGUCUUCAAUAGCUUUUAGUUUAGAUUUAUCGUUUGCCAUAUGGUGGUACAAGAGAGAGGUAGAAAUUUAAUCUUCUGCGUUUCUUUUCUUAGAAUUGUUAGAAUAAGAUUGAUCACCGUUAUCCCCAGAUGGUACUUGUCCCUUGAGGUGUCCCCAGCCACCUCGACCACUAUCGUAUUCUUGUCUAUACUCAUCACGGACUUGUCCACCAGACCUUCCUCUACCGAAUUGUCUGCCGUCUUUGUAACCUUGUGCGUCUAAGUCGCAGCGUAUGACUCUCUCGUCGAGCUUUGUACCGUUGAUGUAUCUUAAGGCUUCAACUGCUUCCUGGUGACUAUAAUACUCGACGAAGGCGAAUCCACAGGGAUGUUUAGUAUUCCUGUCUAAUCCCAUAAUAAUCCUUUUGAUGCCUUGUCCAGAUGCAACUCUCGCGAAUAAUUCAUAAAUCUGCUCUUCUGUUGUGUAGAAUGAGAGAUUACCGCACUAUUAGCCGUUAGAAAUGAAAGAUAAGAGAGAUGGACAUACAUAGAGUGUCGUACUCCUUUCUAACAUCUCCCUCUGCUUCUCUGGAUCAAUCCUAGAUCUCGUAUCUUUAUAAGUUGAUGGACCAUCGAGUGGUUGAAUAACGUCGCUCAUCGUUAGAGAUAAAGGAGUAAUAAAUAGGAAAUUAUACAAUAGUACUAUAUUUUAUAGCUUAUAUACAAUUAUUAUCUACUUUAUUACUUAACAGCGAUGUUAUCCAAAUAUCACUAUAAAUUAACAAACAUCCCUUCUACAGCUACCCUCAACGAUAUAAAGAGACUCAUAGCGAGAUCUGCGAAGACAAACCCUCUGUCAGCAGAUAGUAACUUCCAAGUCGCUUUUUAUACUAGCAAAUUCCCAAACGACACUCACAGAGCUAAUGUAAAAUUCACAAACAAUCAAGUUAGGGAAAGCUUCAAAAGAUCCCUAAGGGUUUUCGAUAGACUCAGUUUAUCAACCUCUCAAUUAAAGUGUACCGAAAUCACGAAAGAUAAGGAUGAAUUGAACGGUUUGACUCACUAUCAGCCUUCCAGCCAUCCCGGCCAGACAGUUUUGAUAACAGGUUUACCGGGUAGACUCAUACAGCAUGACAUACAAAACUGGUUGAGGUCAUAUCACGUUGACCAAUCCUCAAAUUCUUCACAAGAACCAAUCACAAGCUUACAUAUUCCUUCUGAUAAGUUCAACGGUACCUCGAAGUGGCUAGUCCGAUUGAACUCUAUAUCAGAAGCACACAGAUUAGUUAGAAAUCUCCACCAAACUAAUUGGGAUAACCAAUUCCUUAUUCAUGCAAAAAUAACUUAUUAA